AUCCUCACUGCUGUUCUUCCGUCAUGUUCCCUAUGCUCUCUGUUUAUUUACACAGCUUUAUUGAUUAAACUCGGUCUAACAAACUGAUUUGUUAAAACACCCAGAACCGUAUGAUGUUCUCUGUUUUACAGAAAACAUGAGCAACUGUGUUGGAGUUAGAAGCGAAGCUCGUUUUAAGCGUUUUCAUCGGUAAACACGUCCAGCCCUCUCGGUGCUAGCCUUGUGGCUCCCCAACACCUUGUCAACAAGUGAGUCCGCCACCAUGGACUGCACGGCGCUGGAGCAUGACGCCGUCAAGUUCGCCAAGACAGCUGUCACCUGCGACCACAACGGGAAGUAUAACGAGGCUGUGUUUUACUACAAGGAAGCUGCGCAAGCGCUGAUCUACGCAGACAUGGCUGGGUCUAAACUGGACGGCAUCCAGGACAAAGUUAACGAAUACCUGGAGAGAGUCCAAGCCCUCCACAAUGCUGUCCAGGGGCAGAGCAUUGACCCACUGAAGAGCCGGCAGCAAGUGGACCUGGAGCGGGCUCACUUCUUGGUGACCCAGGCGUUCCAGGAGGACGAGAAGGGGAACGGCGACGAGGCCAUUGAGCUGUACUCCCAGGCUGUGGAGCUGUGCAUCCAGACGUCCAACGAGACCACGGAGCUGACCGUUCAGACCAAGCUGAAGCAGCUGGCUCUCCAGGCCUUGGAGCGGGCGGAAGGGCUUAAAGAAUCCCAGUCCAAAUCUUCUACAGCCCAGCCUCAGGUCGCGGCCAAGCCCAGUGGCGGUACCUCUUCGGGAGCUCCCGCACGUCAGUUCUUCCCCCUUGGUCAAGACUUCACCAUCCAUGAUCGGCCACAGCCAAUGCGGGCGGUACAGUCCAGUGACCCCCAGGGACAGCGCUAUACGUCAGAGGAAAUCGAGGUGCUCAGGAGUACGUCAACAAUCAACGGCAUGGCCUACGUGCCCUUUAUGAGCGUGGAUCUGAGAGAGCGGUUUGCCUUCCCUGUUCCCUUCUCGGACAAGACAGGCAAGUUGGCACUGUCUCCCAAGCAAAAAGCCAUCUUCUCUCGCUGGGUGCGGCCGGACGAGAUCUGCAACAGCCCCACCAUGAUCCUGUCUGUGUCCAGCUUCAGCAUCAAGCAGACUGUGGUGUCUGACUGUUCCUUUGUGGCGUCGUUGGCCAUCAGUGCUGCCUACGAGAGGCGCUACAACAAGAAGCUCAUCACCAGCAUCAUCUACCCCCAGAACAGACGAGGUGAGCCAGAGUACAACCCCUGUGGGAAGUACAUGGUCAAGCUCCACAUCAACGGCGUUCCUCGGAAGGUGAUCAUCGAUGACUUCCUGCCGGUGGAUCGUAACGGGGAGCUGCUCUGCUCCUACUCCAGCAACAGGAGCGAGCUGUGGGUCUCCCUCAUCGAGAAGGCCUACAUGAAGGUGAUGGGAGGCUACGACUUUCCAGGGUCCAACUCGAACAUUGAUCUGCACGCGCUCACUGGCUGGAUCCCGGAGCGCAUUGCCAUGCACUCUGACAAUCACUCGUUCAUUAAGGACGACACCUUCCGCAUGCUUUACUCAAGGUUUCACAGGGGAGAUGUCCUCAUCACCACGGCAACGGGAGUGAUGACAGAGGAGGAGGGAGACAAGUGGGGGCUGGUGCCCACACACGCCUACGCUGUCCUUGACAUCCGAGACCACAAGGGGAGGCGUUUCCUCCAACUGAAGAACCCCUGGAGCCACUUGAGAUGGAAGGGCCGCUUCAGUGAGCGGGACGAGAAGAACUGGACCCCAGAGCUCCUCAAGUACCUCAACUUUGACCCCAAGACGGCCCAGAAGUUUGACAACGGUGUCUUCUGGAUUGCAUGGGAGGACCUUUGCCAGUACUUUGAUGUCAUCUACCUGAGUUGGAGCCCCGCCCUGUUCAAGGAAUCCUCCUGCAUUCACAGCAGCUGGGAUGCGAAACAGGGUCCAGCGAAGGAUGCGUACAGCCUAGCCAACAACCCCCAGUACAGACUAGAGGUGCAGUGUCCAGCAGGGGGCGCUGCUGUUUGGGUUCUUCUCACCAGGCACAUCACUGACAAGGAUGACUUUGCACAAAACCGGGAAUUCAUCACCCUUGUGGUCUACAAGACAGAUGGCAGGAAGGUGUACUACCCAGCGGACCCCCCGCCCUUCAUCGACGGUAUCCGCAUCAACAGCCCCCACUACCUGACCAAGAUCAAGCUGACCUCGGCUGGCACCCACACCUUCACCCUGGUGGUCUCCCAGUACGAGAAGCAGAACACCAUUAACUACACCCUGCGGGUGUACUCGGGCUGCAAGUUCUCCUACACCAAGAUCCCGACCCCCUUCACCCAUACCAAGAGGGUGACGGGCCAGUGGAAGGGCGCCAGCGCGGGGGGUUGUGGGAACUACAAGGACUCGUACAAACACAACCCCAUCUACCAGUUCAACCUGGAGCGGGCCGGCCCGCUGCUGGUCGAGCUCCGCGGUCAGAGACAGUACAGCGUAGGGUUCGAGGUGGUCACCGUGUCCACGGUCGGGGAACCUGGCCCAGCAGGCUUCCAGAAGAGGGCCAGUGGAGACUACAGGUGUGGGUUCAGCUACCUGGAGCUUGACCAUGUGCCAGCUGGCAUCUACAACGUCAUCCCCACCACCUUCCUGCCCAAACAGGAAGGGCACUUCUUCCUGGACUUUAGCAGUGCCAUGGCCCUCAAGGUCUCCCACCUCCAAUGAGGGGAGAGAGAGAAGAGAGAGAGAGAGCAUGAGCAUUUGGGAUAGCCCUAAAGCCAUACCUUGGAUGUCGUUUCAAGGACCUUCGAUUUAAGCCAAAGCCAGCCACAGUUUGGACUGUGGGCACAGGUCAUCUUCUCUGGAUAAAUACUUGUGAGAACUUUGGGGCUGAGCGAGGGGGGAGUCGUCGUCUUGGUCAGGAGGCUCUGAUCCAGACUGCAGGAGAACCACCGAGACUUGUUAUAUGGCUAGAAAACCAUCAUCAGUGGGGCGGUCAUCUGAUCUGUGGACCUCAGAAACCAUGAAAACACACGCAGCACUUUUCACACAUGGCCUCUCUACCACCUUAGAGAGGUCACACCCUUGGUUUGGCCUUUUAUUUUUUUCUCCGCUAGCAUUGACAUACUGCAGGUUACAUGACAUAGCUCUGCACGCAAUAGAUUCACAGGGUACCGCUUCUAUUAGGUCAAACAGGUCGGUUUUGUUCCCGGAGAUGAUUAUUGUAAUUUAUUGAUUACAAAGGGAAUGCUAUGAUUGACUAAUAUUUUCAAUGUGCCAAAUGAAGAUGAUACGGAUGAAAAUUAUAUUAUUUUCAAUUUCUACUAAAGAAACUACAAUGCAAACAUUCUGAUCAAAAAGAUUACAUUUAUUUAAGACCGCAAAGCACCAACGUAUUAAUGUCGGAAGCAAUAGCAUUUUGGUUUCCAUGGAGCCAAAUCCAUUGCCUAUCAAACAGAAUCAAUCUUAAAAUCUAUUUGAACCCACCAUUAACUUGUGCAACAGCAGUUCAUGCUUCAAAACAUUUGAACAGGGGUUUGCCUGGUAAAGUGAGUAAAAUUCAGAUUGUCGACUAAUUUCUUUUAGAUCUGUGCUGUUAUACUUUUUGUUGAUUGAUACAGGGUAGGAAACAGGAAACUCAAACCACAUGUGAGGCUCAUGUUAACCUGUGCACGAUUUCCACAGGCAUUCUUGUUGGGACUGAAAGGAACAGGGAUUAUGAUGGGUUCAAGUUUUAGCCAAGUUAAAGGGCCCCUGUUAUACCACCAGGUGUGAUGUUGAUAAGCCAUAUAUCAACCUACCAGGCUACACAGGGGGCUGUACCAUCUAGUCGGCUGCUUUGUUGAUCUAUCAGUCAUACGUCUAGAGGGGAUGCUCCCACUUGUGAUGUCACCAACGGGUCGAUUUUGAACUGGCUUGUAUUGACUCACCAACAUCACACCUGUUAAUAGGGGCCCUUAACAUUACAAGAGCACAAGGAUUUUCUUAAGAGGGGCUUUUACUCAAGCUCAAUCUGUCAUCAUGACCUGUUUUGGUACUGUAGUUAAUGAAUGGAUGGAAAAGUGAAUAAAGGGACCUAUGGAAUGGUAAAAAUAGGCUUCAGUGAAUGAAUGAUGCUGUGUUAAUUCUCAGGUGUAAGUCCUCCUCAUUUCAUCUGUAAUGUAUGACAUAAACUUUUAUUUGAGGUUUACAGCCUAAAUCUUGUGUGUAGGUGAGCAAGAGGCCUAGCAAUGUAUCUGAAUGUUGAACAUGCAUGAUCAACUUCUCAGUUUAGAAGUAGGGGUUUGGUGAGGGAAUGUAUUGCCAAUCUGAUAUUUUUAAUUCGUACCUACCUAUGCACUUAUUUUACGUCAAUCUUGUCAUAUUUCAUAAACUGUCAACUGUAACUGAAAACAACUUUAAAGGCAGUGACAUACAUACUGAAAUUAUUUUGUUUUUAUUUUGACUUGAUCAUUUAUGUGAGUAAAUAGGUAUUUGUUGAUGAGGGAUUAAGUUUGGUUUGAAACUAAACAAAAUACUCGCCGAUAGACCGUAUUUUGAACUCAGAAAUAUAUAUAUUUCUGAUUUUCUUGUUCUCUCCAUCAUCACUUGUUAAAAAUGUAAGCGAUCUCCAGCUUUUCUCUCCUAUUUUACAGAAGAAAGCUUAGUCGGUCAAGCUUUCACAAAGGGCUUUAAACAAGUGUAUUUCUACAGCAACCAUUGUAUGGUGUUGAUUUGAAGCCUUUCAAUACUUUUUAUUUUGCAGUUUACAACUGCUUCUCAGUCUGUGUUCGUGGAGGCCCCUGCCGCCAGAAACAUGAUCGGUCGGAACAAAUGUGAAGCUAAAUAAGCCGCACACCAAUAUUUAAUCUUUAUUAUAUUCUAGAUAUGAAUCUAAAGUCUGAUGAUACCACUUUAGACUUGGGAUAUUAAUCUAAAUAUCAAGUUCACUUGGAUUGAAAAAUAAAUAUCAAGGAGUCUGAAAAGCUUGUCAGUACAACCAAAGUUCAACGAUGUCUCACUAUCACUUCAUUUUAUAUAUGUCUGCUUAAAGCAUGGUGAUUUUUUUAUUUUUAUGGAAACUGCCACAAACCUAGAUAUUCAUUGAUCUCAAAGCACCUCUGAUCAACAGAGCCAGGCUGGACUUCCAGGACGGCAGCACUGUCCUGCCCAUUCAGCAGCAAGGCCUCGCCCAGCUACUGUGUCCCUGUAACCCUGGGACACACAACCACUGACCUGUUUUCAAAGACUGAAGUAAGCCAGGCAUAGCAGAGACCUUUUGAACGGGCCUUAAAAGACUGAAUGAAGGGGAAGUUGAGAUGCUGAAGGAGUAAUGCAGAGGAGCUGCCCUCGCACAGGAACUUGGUAUUAGUUUUAUAUGUGUUUAAAUCUUAAGUGUUAUUGUUUUCUAUUGAAUAUGUGUGUACUUGGCUCACUUAUAGCUGCCUGAUAGCUUUACCUUUUCUAACAAAUAACACUCAAAUAAUAAAUCUUAAAUCUUACCUGCAGGCUAAAGCACCACAUUAAACUGAAUAAGCAGGACAGGGAACUGCUCAGCAAUUGUUUAUUUGACUCUUAUCUGAAAUUAAAAAAAAACAUGUGAAGCACAACCCACUAGAAAAAUAAAUGCACACUGUAGGAGACAUACUAAAUCUAACAUACAAAACAUUGACAAUUACACAAAUAUAGUCCUGUAAAUUCACUCUUCUUUUUACAGAAACAUAUCACAAAAUAUCACAGAAUGCAGAAGCUUGCGUACAUUUUUAACCACUUCUUUUAUCCAGGCACCAAGAGAAGCAAGGAAAGAGGGUGGUGAAACGGUUCAACUUCAAACUGAUGAUUUGUUCAGAGGGCUGGAGGAGGUUCUUCCGGUGUUUGGGAAGCAGUCUUUUUUUGAGUUGGUCACAUUCCUUAAAGAAAACCCAGUCACCACAUUAGCUAUAUGCUAACAUUCAGAAUCAAAUGAUGCUUUAGUGGUAUGGCUGAAGAAUAUUUGAUGAUUUGAGACUGGCAGUGAAAGACGCAAUUAUCGUUUCAACAAUAAGUUUAAAUCAGUACAGUUGAGACACACAUCUAACAGACUUUUAGCACACAACUGCAACAAUUCUUGCUGCUAAAUUGUAUCUCAAAUUCACCAUCAUAAAAAGCAUUAGUAUUCAUUAUCUCUUAAUGAAUACUAGUACAUACAUGAUAAUGCCCCUUUAGUAAGGUUUAGGAGUAUACUCAAUGUUCAGCAGUGGCCAUUUUCGUUUCAUAAUUUGCAGUCUUUCAGUACAACCACAAGUAGAAGAAGACGCUUAAUUUAUACGUAAUACUUUUACCAUGACAACACUUUCAUGGAUUCAAAAGAUAAAUGGCACAGACAUGCACAAGAACAACCCACUUGAUUUUG